AUGGCUGAAUGGGUGGUAAUAAACACUGCCAUCCUGUGGCAGCUGGCUGACUUGACCUCCAUCUGUACUGCAGGAAUUACUCUCCAUAACGAGGCCCUGGACUGGGCUGCAGCAGGAGACCAUGUCAGCCUGACGGUCACUGGGAUGGAUAUCAUCAAGAUCAAUGUGGGCUGUGUGUUCUGUGAUCCCAAGGAUCCUAUUCGAGUCUGUACUCGAUUCAGAGCCCGAAUCCUCCUCUUCAAUAUCGAAGUCCCUGUCACACAAGGAUUUCCAGUGUUGUUGCAUUACCAGACAGUCAGCGAGCCGGCCACCAUUAGAAAACUUAUCAGCGUUCUACACAAGAGCAGUGGUGAAGUCCUCAAGAAGAAACCAAAGUGA